UUAACUUUACAUUGUGCUUAUCGGCUACUUAGCUCCCCGCGACACGUUGCUGAAAAUAUUAAACAGUCUAAUGAUUUGCUUCAAUUAUUUGUCGAGAAUUUCUCAACUGUAUUCGGGCCAAACAGUGUUUCUUUUAAUGUUCACAAUCUGCUGCAUUUGGCUUCUUGUGCAGAAAAAUACGGCCCCCUUAUUUCGUUUUCUGCAUACGACUUCGAAAACAAAUUGCAGAUUUUGAAAAGACAUGUCCGAAAACCCUCAUUAAUCCUUCAACAAAUUGUACGAAAAGAAAAACUCGCAGCCUAUAUUCAAACUAAAAACGAUGACAUUAAAUACGAACGAGAUAUAAUUGUAGGAGCUUUUGUUAAUGACUGUUACAUAUCUUGGAAGGAGCCCGAUAAUAUUUGUUCCACGACUUCAUUUACUGCCAUAAAAAUUGAAAAUAUAAAUCAAGUCGAUGAAGUUUAUAUUGAAGGUCGGGCAUUGCUGCUCUUAGAGAGUUUUUACGAUGAACCCGUAAAUUCUUGCGAACUAGGCAUCUUCAAAACAAAUUUAGCUUUGGGCGAAAAGCAAAAAUUUUCAAUUAGAGAUGUGCAAUAUAAAUUUGUAUGCCUGCCAUUUCACUCGGAUUACGUAAUAAUACCCAUUUUACACUCAUGCAUUCCAGAAAAAGUACAAGCCAAUAUUCCAAGAUCUUCCAGUAAAUAGCACAUUGUUAAUAUUAAUUUUGUACACCCGCUCUACACAACAAUGUCUGACGAAAGAGCAAUACCAUCCAAGGGAAAAAUGAAAUAUUAUUCUUCAGAAGCAACUUCAAAGUGUACUUCGUGUGAAGAUAUAGGAAAAAAAAUGGACACGAUACCGCAGAUUUUGGGCGAGCAUAAAAUUUUGCUAGAUCGCAUUGGUUCCCAAAACUCGAUUGUGCAAAACAUUAUGGCCAUCUUCCCAAUAAACACGGACGAAAGUCUAAAGCAAUUAGAAGACUUAUUAGCAACUCAGUCAGACCCAUAUAUUCGCCAAAUGAAAAAUCUCAUUGGUGGCAACGUCGCACGCAAUUUACACCUUGUAUUUGGGAAAUCUAUUAUAAUGAAUUACAAUGUGGAUGGAACUUUUGGCAAGAAAAGUUUAUCUAAAUAUGGAAAAGUCCAUGCAGCAAUAAUAGAUGUAAUAUCAACGUACGACAAGUGUGCAGACAAGGCUCUAAGAACAGCUUUUCAACGUCAAAAAAAGAAAUUCUUUAAAGAAAACAGCCGCAGGAAUGCAGAAAUAAAUGAUAAGACCAAAGAAAAUGAAUUUAAUUAAUUUAAUCUUUAUGUACAUAUAUAUUUUUGCCUUGUGUUUUUUCUAUUG